AUAUGGGUCUUAGCAGAUAUAUAAAAACAACAAAGCGGAAGUAGAGCACGACGCUUCCACCUGCGGUCUCGCGCUCGAAGCUUUGCCGCUAUAUAAAGAUGAUGAGAUGAUGAACACACCGCUUCCUGCUUUUCCGCGGCAGUGAUGAUGGGGUGGAUGGGCGGCGCGGUGGACCGGAGAAGUGCGUGUUGUGCGUUCGCGUUCACGCAGCCUUUCAUUCUCAGGGGAGCGUUUGGGAGUUUGGCAUUCUAGCGUUCUCCUGUUCUCCUGUUCUCCUCUUAAUGGCGACCGAUCAGUGGCGUUCUGGCGAUGGCAUGUGAGCAUUGAUGGGCGCACUGCAUGUGGCACCUGCCAUUCAGUCACUGGGGUCUUGGGAAGAAUACUGAACUGAAGACACAUCUGCAUUCUUGGUAGCUAUUUCUGUUCAUUAUGUCUACUAAAAAGGCGCCCAUGUCGGAUAAUGAGGUUAAAAACGGAACGUCGAGAAACAUGCUGGAAAGAUGCGCCUCAGUUAAUGAAUAUUUUGACAUUUCCUUCAAGGUGAUGCUGCUAGGAGACUCGGCUGUUGGGAAGACUUGCGUCCUGGUGCGUUUUAAAGAUGGUGCCUUUCUGGGAGGCAACUUCAUUGCCACCGUUGGAAUAGACUUUAGGAACAAGGUGGUAACGGUGGAUAACAUGAAAGUCAAGCUCCAGAUUUGGGACACAGCAGGACAAGAAAGGUUCCGCAGUGUCACUCAUGCCUACUAUCGAGAUGCACAGGCUCUCCUACUUCUGUAUGACAUUACAAGAAAAUCAUCUUUUGACAAUAUCAGGGCCUGGCUGACUGAAAUUCAUGAGUAUGCACAGAAGGAUGUGGUCAUCAUGUUGCUUGGCAACAAGUCAGACAUGGCAGCUGAACGAGUCAUUAAGCCUGAGGAGGGACAGAAGCUGGCCAAGGAGUAUGGAGUUCCUUUCAUGGAGACGAGUGCCAAGACAGGUGUUAAUGUGGAGCUUGCAUUCCUCGCCAUAGCAAGAGAGCUGAAGCACAGAGCAGCCCAACAGCCUCAUGAGCCGAAGUUCCAGAUCCAUGAUUACAUCGAGUCCCAGAAACAGAAGUCCAACUGUUGUGGUGCACUCAUGUGACAACUUCACCUACUCGUAACAGAGCGAGGAAGGAAGAGACGAACCAAUAAGGAAGAAAGGGGCAACAAUAGAUCCAUGAGGAAAAACAGUGAUGGCAAGCGAUAAUGGUGUGAAGAGACAUAGUGUGUGAGAGAAAUACUUAUUUGGAUGUGUGUGGCAUUAAAGCCCUCUUGCUUUUACCAUCAGGUGUAGACUUUGUCUGUCUUUGUUCUCUGGCUGUAAUUAAAGAUAAUGGAGCUUCGUGUGCUGAGAUAGACGGCAGCCAUAUGUGGCUCCUCCAAGAGCUCGUCUCGCUGUUUUUUUUUUUUUUAUUAUUAAAUGAAGCAACCCGAAUCCCUUGUUAAAUCUAUUGCUCAUUUUAGUUCACAUGUGAGGACAGUAUUUUUCUCUCAUAAUCAUGAUCUCUCUUAAUUUCAGUACUAACGUUUGUAUAAAUGUCAGAACUAUAGCUCUAAGCACAUUUACAAAAUUGGACCACAAACAUAGAAAAAUAUUCUAAGCCAUAUUUUUGUGUUAAUGAAUUUGUAUAUAGAAAUGUGUGGUUUUGGACUUAAAUGCUCAUGAUACCUUGUUUUGUGUUUGGUGUAUUGUGGGCCCCAGAGUGAAAAGUGUUUUUCUGAUACUUAAUUCAAAAAGCAAAUCAAUGGACUUUCAUACCACCUUUACACUUGGCAUCUAUUUGUGACUUUUUUUUUUUUUCCCACAAGAAUUCCCACAAAGCAGGCCGUUUGGUCAUGUUUUCAUGAUUGUAACAUGCAGUUCACAUCUGUAUAAACAUCUCGUUUGUAUAUCAGAUUUGUGAGGUAUUUAAAUGAUCAACUCUUGCUGUUGAAUUGCGUUGUGGAAACUAGAAUUGGUAAUUCAUUAUUGCUACUAGUCUUAUUUAGUUGUUACUUGUAACUCAGUGACUUUGUUUCUAAGAUCACAAAGUGCCAAGACAAAGUGCUCUGUAUAGAUACUGUAUAAAUCUCUAUUUUGUAAUGUAGAGUGUUGUUGCAAUGUGUUUCUUAAGUUAUGUAAGUCAGUUUACAGAAGUGGUUCUGUUAGGGGCUGGACGAAAGUCUUCUAUACCCAUAAAGUUUAUUUACUUUUG